GAUCAAUUCAACAAUCGUUCCAUUGUGACGUUCUAGCCGCACCAUGUUCGAGAGGGGGCCGUUUCGUACCCGACUGGCCAUGACAAGGUAGUGCUUUGAAGAGGUCAAGAACUGGAUGAACUUGAAGAUACCAUCGCUUCUGGCACUCCUGUCCUUUUUGUUUGACCUCGUCAAGGCAUGGUUACACAAAGAGGAACCUCCAGAUGUGACAUCCAACCACAAGACGAACACAGCCACAGUGACUGUACCCGUGGACCAAGAUGCACUGAUCUACAAUGUGCAGCGCCAAGAUGAGGAAGUGCUAGGAGACAGCUCGGAUGAAGUUAAUGAAGAGGAACAACUUGAUGGUUACCACCAACCAGAAUGGCUGCAUUUAACAUACAGAGACAAGAACACCAACAAGGAGGUAUAUCGCAGAAUUGGUACAAAACCAAUCAGCAGCAUCAUCACUGAGAGCAGGAUGAAAUACGCUGGACACGUCCUCAGAAUGACUGCAGACAGCCUUGCCAAGACUUUUCUGCACUGGAAACCGGAAGGUAGGAGGAAGAGAGGGAGACCCAAGCUAACAUGGCCGAGCACUUUCCAAAAAGACCUAGAGCACAGAGGGGUACUACUAGCAGAUGCUGAAAACUUGGAUUCGUCAUCACCAACAGGGCAUUUGAAUAGAUGCAGGCAAGAGCUCGGUAUAUUUAUAUCGUGUGGCGUGGACUCCUUUCUAGACUCCUACUUUUACAGCAUAUUCAGUAACAACAUCUCAGAUCUUUUCAUGAAGAUGUUCACAUCACCUAUUGCUUUUGUUUCAAAUCAUAUGAUCUGUUCUGUUUAAGUGUUGUACUUCAUGCAAGCGUCUGCCAGGACAUCUGGCUGUAGCGUUGACCAAAUAAGCUGUCAGUGUGGCUUAGUGGCUUCCAGACAUGUUGCAAUUGUACAGGUUUUUGUUCGUGUUGCUCCCACCGAUGGGGAUCUGGAGAAUUCAAAUCCGUUGUAUCCUGUACCCCACAUUUCCAAAUGUAGAAUGUCAGAAAACUAAGCUACUGUAAAGCGACAUACAUGGUAAGGUGGUCAGCAUGUUCAACAGCUAUGUCGCAACAUUUCUGAACCGUCUCGAAAAAGACUGUACUGUACUGUUCUGUA